AUGGAACAGCUAAAGGACGGGGCUGGGCCAGAAGGGAACAACCUGACCCUGCCAUCAGCUGGGACUGAGUCGUGGCCCUCUGCACCCAUCCCAGCCCUGCCACCCCCGUUCCUGAGUGCCCCAGAUCCUGCCCAUCUGGGGCUCCCUGAGAGCCUAGCCUCUGUUACUGUCCCAGUCCGGCUGGACACCCUCUCCUGCCUUCUACAAAGUGCCCUGCUGGGGGCUUACAAUCUCCAGCAGUCCAUGCCCUCCUGCCCCUGCUGCCCCCAGGCAUGGCACACCCAACCAGGCACAGCCCGGAGGCCUCCCAGAGGACGUGGGGGGUGGGAAGUCCGACGCAGGCCAGGCUGUGGCCAGGGCCAGCAGCGAUGGGGCCCUGGGAGAGCUGAACAGUGGGAUAGGGGCUGGGCAGAGGUCCCUGGGGCUGGCCCCAGGACCCCACCCAAAAUGCCAUUGACACUGCCCACCCAGGAUGGGAAGAAGGAAGCCCAAGGUCUGGAACCACCCCCGGACACACCACCUGCCUCAGAAGACUGGGAGACGGAGUACUAG